AUGGCUGCCCUCGGCCGUGUCCGCUGGCUGACCCGAGUACUGGUCGCAGCUCCGAAUCCCGGAGCAUGGAGGAGGCUGUGUACCUCAACCGUGGCGCAAGCCUCCUCGCGGACCCAGGGCGAGGACGUGAGGGUGGAGGGCGCCUUUCCCGUGACUAUGCUGCCAGGAGACGGCGUGGGGCCUGAGCUGAUGCACGCCGUCAAGGAGGUGUUCAAGGCUGCCUCUGUCCCAGUGGAGUUCCAGGAGCAUCACCUGAGCGAGGUGCAGAAUAUGGCAUCUGAGGAGAAGCUGGAGCAGGUGCUGAGUUCCAUGAAGGAGAACAAAGUGGCCAUCAUUGGAAAGAUCCACACCCCAAUGGAGUAUAAAGGGGAGCUAGCCUCCUAUGAUAUGCGGCUGAGGCGGAAGUUGGACCUGUUUGCCAAUGUAGUCCAUGUGAAGUCACUUCCUGGGUACAAGACUCGACACAACAAUCUAGAUUUGGUGAUUAUUCGAGAGCAGACGGAAGGGGAGUACAGUUCUCUGGAACAUGAGAGUGCGAGGGGUGUGAUUGAGUGCUUGAAGAUUGUCACUCGAACCAAAUCACAGCGUAUUGCAAAGUUCGCCUUUGACUAUGCCACUAAGAAGGGGCGGGGCAAGGUCACAGCUGUCCACAAGGCCAAUAUCAUGAAACUGGGAGAUGGGUUGUUCCUGCAGUGCUGUGAGGAAGUUGCUGAACUGUAUCCCAAGAUCAAGUUUGAGAAAAUGAUCAUAGACAACUGCUGCAUGCAGCUGGUGCAGAAUCCUUACCAGUUUGAUGUGUUGGUGAUGCCCAAUCUCUAUGGGAACAUUAUUGACAAUCUGGCUGCCGGCCUGGUUGGGGGAGCUGGUGUGGUUCCUGGUGAGAGCUACAGUGCAGAGUACGCGGUGUUUGAGACGGGUGCCCGGCAUCCAUUUGCCCAGGCAGUGGGCAGGAAUAUAGCCAACCCCACAGCCAUGCUGUUGUCAGCUUCCAACAUGCUGCGGCAUCUCAAUCUCGAGCAUCACUCCAACAUGAUUGCAGAGGCAGUGAAGAAGGUGAUUAAAGUUGGCAAGGUACGGACUCGAGACAUGGGCGGCUACAGCACCACAACCGACUUCAUCAAGUCUGUCAUCGGCCACCUGCACCCCUAUGGGGGCUAG